AUAGCAUUGAUUAACAAUUUUAUGAUUUUUAAAGGUGCUCGCAGGAGCAUGCAUGUUGCAAAAUGCCAUACACAUUUCACCAAUAUUAUCGUUUGGCUCUUGAUGUCGCGUUACUUAACGACGAAUAAUCUCACCUUUCCCCGCCCCAUGGAGUACAUUCGCGUGUGGCAACCUUGAAUGUUUUUAUCAAUUUGCACACCAAAACAACACAAGGCACCCCACUCCUUUCCAAAAUUUGCUACCAUUCCCAAUCGGGAUCAACGACACGUGCAGCACUGUACGAUAAACUGGCGGUUGAAGGCCAAAAAUAAAUGCGCCAACCGCGCUGCAGAGAACGAAAGGGAGUGAUGCAUACAAUCCGGCCAAAUUCCAGCCCACUGGCCCAUUGACGAUUGUAAGCUCCCCGCCCCAUCACCCCCAACGGCGCCCGAUUUACGCAAAGCGCACAAAUUUGGCUUAUCGCGCACGCUAGACUGAUAGCAACAAACACAUCGUGAACGAAUAAUGGUCCGUUUUCCCAAAAACCCGCUUCCAAGAAUCGAUUGAGCAGGCUGAUAAGAUGGAUAAGGUGCAUGUACUAUUUGGGAAUUCUUUAUCGGGUUGGGUCAAUCCGCCAGACGCAGUGCGUGCUCUAUAUAUAAAGGCUGCCUGUGUGCUUAUCGCGACAUCUUAGUUUGUUGCUUUACACGAUGAGGAGCUUGAUUGUGCUACUGUUGGUGACCGUUUCGAUUGCGCAUGGUGCGGCGUACAGUGUGCCGUCAACCGUCGAUUCGAUCGAUUGGACACGUGUUAAACCGGUGGAAGAGCUCGACCACUAUUGGGCCCGCUUACCCCCAGAGCUGCAGGUUUACAGGAAUGGCACUCAUGGAACUCAUCCGUCAGGUCGCAUCACCAACGGACUGGAGGCACGUGUAGGACAGUUCCCGUACCAGGCACUGCUGCUGACCGAGUUCGGCAUGUUCACCAUCAUGUGCGGUGGGACGGUGUUGACGCCUAACUUUAUCCUCACCGCGGCACACUGCGUAAUGCUCGAUCAAACGACCAAAGCGACCGGUGGCAUGGCCAUCCUCGGUGCCCACAACCGGAUGGUGAUGGAACCGACCCAGCAGCGGAUACGCUUCGCAACCAGUGGCAUCAUCGUGCACCCUUCGUACACCGCCACCAACUUUCGCUUCGAUGUGGCAAUGGUUCGGCUCAAUGCGCCGCUUCGCUUCAACAGUUACGUGCAGCCGGUACGACUUCCGGCCCGUACCGAUCAGCGGCUGUUCGAUGGAAUAAUCGGCACCGUCAGUGGCUUUGGACGGACGAAUGAUAAGGACGGGAUACUGCCGUCCAUUCUGCGCUACACAAUCAACACGAUCCUGAGCAACGGUGCGUGCGCGGCGCGGUGGGGUUCGAUGCUGGUGGAACCGCACAACAUUUGCCUCUCGGGGGACGGUGGUCGAUCGGCCUGUGUUGGUGAUUCCGGUGGUCCGCUGACGAUCGAAGAGUGGGGUGGCAUCACGUAUCAAGUUGGUGUAACAUCGUUCGGGUCGGGCAACGGGUGUACGGACGGGAUGCCGACGGUGUACGGGCGUGUUAGCUACUUCUUGGAUUGGAUCAGAGCCAACUCGGAUUGCCUCGCUUGCUGAGUGAGUGAGUGAGUGAGUGAUUGUUUGUGUGACUGAGCGACAGCGAGGGAUUAAAGGUGGAUUUUUGUGAUAAGGUUAUGAAAGGUGCUCGUGUUCCUUAGGUGUGCAGAUAGGAGGUAGAUAAUAGUUUGAAAUGCCAGACAGUAUGAUACAGUAGUUUGCAGAAGGUCAUAUUAGGAGUCUAUUUUAUAGUGAAAGAAUAGUUCUUAUUAGUAGCAUUUUGGAAUGUAAAUUGCAUAAAUGUAGGCGUUGUAUCUGAUCGUAUACUCAAUAAAAUAGCUAAAUUUUGUAAAAAAAAGCCUUUUUAUUGUUUAGAGUAAUACAGUAAUCUCUCAAAAUGCAACCGCCACCUCGCAACAAGAAAUAAACCAUUUAUUUUUAAUCAACA